AAACUUUCUGGAGACCACUCCAUUUUCCCUGCUGUCCAGGCAGUACAUACAUAAGGGAUAAUUCACAACAAGGAUGGAAAGCCAUCCAUAAAUAAAGAAAAGGCCAUCUUCUAUCUCGCUCUAGAAGCAUAGCUGUAGCUGGCUUGAGUACUCAUCAUCAUCAUCAUCCCAAAGAACUAGAAGAGAAGAAGAAGAAGAUGCAGGACUGGAGUCCGGUGCUCAUCUCCUUCAUGCUCUUCAUCCUUCUGUCCCCAGGGCUUGUCUUUCAGAUCCCUGGCAAAUCGCGGACGAUCGAGUGCGGCAAAUUCCACACCAGUGUCGUCUCCAUCCUCAUCCACACCAUCAUCUUCUUCGCCCUUGAUGCCUUCUUCCUCGUUGUCGUUGGCGUCCGCAUCGAGUUCGGCUCCUCAUCAUGAGUAGUAGAGUACUCUGCUUCAUCCUGUUCUAGCUGUUCCUUUUGCUCUUUCUGUCUGUUUGGUUCUUGCUGCUUGUUAAUUAGUUUGCCUGGGCUCAAUCAUUGCUGACCUGGGAUAUGUUACAUAUGUUGGGAUCAUGUGAAAUUUAUAUUCUUGAGAUUUA